UUAAAAUAUGGGCAAUAGCGAUAGUAGUGUUAGAGGCGCAAAAAUUAAAUCUGAAUUUGAAAUAAGAUAAGAUUCAUAUUAGGAUUUUCUAAAAAAAUUGUAUAAAAAAGAAGUUCAAAGUAAUAAUGAAACAGAUGAAUUGAAAAAAAAAGAAUAAGCAGAAAUUGAGAAUAUAAUACAGAAAGAAAAGAAUUAUGAAACAGACACAAUUGAAGAAUCUCCAAUCCAAUACGUAUAUUAAUAUUUAAAUGGUAGUUGGUACGAGUACUUUCUAAUAGAGAAUAAAUCAAUGUAGCUAAAGAUAUAAUUAAGGAGGAGUUGGAAAAAUACUUGGAAAAAAACAUUGAAAGUACAGUUUGGAGUAGUUUUUCUUAUUUUUAAAAUUGUUUUGCUGAUAUAUUUUGUUGUUCGUGCUGUUUAUAUUGCUAUAAAAAAUGCUGUCAAUAAUGCUAUUAAAAUUACUUUAAAAAUUGCUGUCGAAAAUACUGUUUUUAAUUCAAUUGCAAAUAAAUAGAAGUAAGUGAUUUUAAAACAUCAUCAAAUAAACUAGAUAAUAAUUGUAGAUUUUAUGGGAAAAUUUUAUUUGAUGACAUUUUAUUUAAGAGUUCUAUUUUAAAUACUCAAGAUUCACUUAAAUUAAAGGAGAUUUUAAAAUGUCCAGAUUUAGUUUAUUUAUUAAAAUAUUUAUUAGAUUGGAAGCAGGAUAAAAUUAUAAACAAUAUUUUAGAUGAUUUGAAGAGUGAAAAUGAAGAUGCUACUACUAAUUAGGUUAAAACUUAUAGUAAAGAAAACAGUAAUUUAAAAUAACUUAUACUGACUGCAGAUUUAGCUACAUUAUAACAGAUUUCAAUUUAUAAUAAUGAUUGGUAGUUUAAUAAAUAAUAAGAAGAUUUUGAAGAUUUAUAUAAUGGAUUUUGUUAUGGUAAGAGAUGUGGUUAUGGAAUUUAAAUUACAGAGAAUAGCAUUUAUAUAGGUUAAUUUUUUAAUAACAAAUAUCAUGGUUAUGGUAAAAUUUAGAAGGGUUUGUUAGAUGAUAAAAUAUUAGUCUAAAAGGAGGAGUUAUUUUUUGCAGAUGAGAAAGAAAAUGAUAUAUUUGAGUUUGAAAAUCACAUUAAUUCCUAUUAAAUGCCAAAUAAAAAUUCAUAACAAAUUAUAAAAUACCCAAGAACUGGUCAACAAUCUAUUGAAGAACCACCUAAGGAAUAUCUUGAAUAUUAUGUUGAAAAAUAAUAUUUAUAUGUAGGAGAACAUAAAAAUUCUAUAUUUAAUGGUUGGGGUAUUAUGAAAUUUUGUAAUGGUAAUUAAUACAAAGGGUAAUGGGAAGCAGGUGAGAUGCAUGGAACAGGACAUUUUACUUGGGUGAAUGGAGAAGAAUACUUAGGAGAAUAUGUCAAAGGGAAAAAACAUGGAUUUGGUAAAUAUAAAUAUGAUAACAAAAUUUAUCUUGGACCUUUUAAGGAUGGAUUAUAACAUGGAAAAGGACUAAUGAAAAGAGGUGAUAGUGAAUAUUUUGAAACAGAGUGGUAUGAAGGAAAAAUAUAGUAUUGA